AAUACAAAAUCAUGUUUAACCUUUUUACCCCAGCUAACCCCGAUUUCGAAUAAAAUAAGUACAACUUGCAUCUGAAGAAGGGAUAUGGUUGUGCUCGCAGCGCUGAUCCUUCAACUAGCGAUUUCAAGCUCUGCUAGUGACGCUGAUCUAACACCUCUGGAAGAUGACGUCAUAGAGCGGGGUCCUGGUAUGUGUGUAACGUAUGGGCUGUGCCAGUUGAAGGAUGGUUUACCUUGUGUAAAUAAUACUGCUGCUCAGCCAGUUCCUGAAGACGAGACGGUCAGGGAGAGGCUCCACAAACUUUGUCCUCAUUUAAGUUCAGCUGAUAAAGUGUGCUGCUCCGCUGACCAGAUAGAUUAUCUAGGAAACUCUCUAAAAACGGCCGAAUUAUUCCUCAAAUCAUGUGACCAUUGCUAUCAGAACUUCAGAUCUCUGUUUUGUGAUAUAGUCUGCAGUCCUAACCAGUCUGAGUUUGUAAAUAUAGAGGAGAGUGAGAAGAUCGAGGAGAACUCUCCCCACGUGACCAGAUUUAGCCACUAUUUGAGUGAGCAGUACGCCACUGAUUUAUACGGAAGCUGUUCGAAGUACCCUUCAGUUCUUUGUGGUCCGUUUUCAUGGGGUUGUGACAGGAAGAAAAUGUUUGCCUUUCUUGGUGACAACAGUUACACGGUGUUAAAAACAGACUACGUUAUCGGGGAUGAUGACGUCAUGCCCUUUGUUAGAGCACCUUCUGAUCAUCUCAUACCUUGCAACGAUAACACCAACUGGGACAGAUGCACGUGUUAUUGUUGCGCGGCGUCAUGUGAUGACACAAGUGGUCAGGACGGGUUUCAGCACAAAACUGGAGUCAGUCUCUCAACCACCCUCGCAACUGUCAGCCCUACUGUGUACAAGGGGGCACUAGGGUUACAAGUCCCAGCUAUAAGUGAUAUCUGCAGGACUACAAUUUCCACACACUGCCCCCACCUGAUCACCGCCAUCAACGAGACCAGCUGUUCUGACAUCACUCUCGACAUGGCCCCUAUUUUCUCCAAUCUGAAAACCAUGUUUGGUUCCUGUGGCAACUGUCAUGACAACGUACGGGUACUGCUCUGUGAGUACCUCUUCUCCCCUGACCAGUCGAGGUUUACUAAUGUGGAGAGUAAGGAGGAGAAGGGAGAGGAGACACUCAUUACAGGAAUUCAGUUGGUUCUGUCUGAAGAACUAAUUAACAAGACAUACAAUUCUUGCCGGGAUGUAAGGACCUUUGUUGAGCACUGUAAAGGGAAGAGCUGCUCCCUUCAAAGCAUACUGAAUCAUGUUCUUGAUGGAACUGGUGUACUGGUGCCCACUAUCAAGGAACACGAAGCUUAUCCUUAUGAGAGUCCGAGUAUUGAUAUAUUCAAGAAGUGUAAUGUAGGCACUGAGAGUGAAGGAAGGUGUAGCUGUGAGGACUGUUCAGCGGCCUGCAAAGUUGACGACGGUCACGAGCACAAACCUGGACACUGUAUUAUUGUGGAUAACUGUGAAAUGGAGUAUUUCAUGGUGGACGAGAAGGAUGCUUUCAAACAGGACCUCAAUUCCACUCUACUACAAGAAUUGUGUCCUCUUUACAGCUCCACUGAGAUGGGCUGCUGUACUGACGAUUCUUUACAGUUCUUAAAAUCUCUGAUGGAUCCCAUAAAAGAGGCAGCCUCCUGUGCGGUGUGUAAGGAGAACAUUGCUGCACUGUUGUGUUCUUUGACUUGCUCAGGUGAUCAGUCUGUAUCCUUGGAGAUUGCUGCUGAAUCUGAUCCCAACUGGUGUGAUCAGGUCGACUCUUUAAGGUUUUAUGCCGAAAGAGACUCGAUGCAGAAGAUUCUCAGUUCUUGUCGGGACGAUGAAAGCUUCUUGGGAUCACUUUGUGGUGAUAAUACCGACCAAUGUCAUCAUUUAGAGACUUUUACUCAAAAGCUUUCGGAAAAGUUAUCAACGUCAGAUCGUACAAUGACACUGCAAAUGGAGAAAGUGUACAAUGACCUAGAAUCCCUCUCACUCUCCCCUCUCCCCUGUAACUCACCCUCGGUUCUUGGGGACCAGGGAUGCUCGUGUGAAACAUGCACUGAUUCCUGUCAAGUAAACGCAGCUGAUGGGUACUAUCAUAGUGCUGGCGUGUGUGCCAUGUACAGCACGUGCAAGAACAAGGAAGGAAAGGAGGCACCUUGUGUGGGGAACACACGAGCUAAGUACCUGACUGACGAAGUGAGGAGUAGUUUGGAGGAGCUGUGCCCCUCUUUCCAGCCUGGACUGUUGGGGUGCUGUGAUGGGAAAUCUGUGGAGGUUAUGAAGUCUCUUCUGGGGCUAGCUGGAACGUUGAUAAAGUGUCACAACUGUUACAACAACCUUGCUAAGUUGUUCUGUAACGUCUUUUGUCACGCAGAUCAGUCAACUUAUCUCAGCAUUCUGGAGAAAGUUGCUGAUGGUGAUUCAGACUUUUCUGUCUCCAAAUUCAGCUACCACGUGAAGGAAAGCACAGGGAAGGAACUGUACGAGUCAUGCCUGAAUGAUAGAGGUGGUAUCACUGACCUCAUCUGUAUCACCAAGUUUGGGAAGGGCUGCACCAGCUACCUUGACUUUAUCCACGCUAUAGGCGACAAUGGAGUCACUACAUUUGAUAUCCAGUUCAAAUUUGAAGUGGAAGAUCCGUUCGUGCUAGAUGAUCCCAAGUUGCUUUCUUGUAAUGAAGAGUUUAAUGGUUACUCGUGCAUGUGUGAGGACUGUCCAGCCGCAUGUGUUAACGACUUCGACGACCACUUCGUCCACCAGCAAGGAGUAUGUCUGAUAAACAGUGAAAAUAUUUCUAAUGGAACAAAGUCGUUCAGCGUUCAGAGCUCUGAACUCAUGGAACAAGUCUGUCCCGACUUACGUAAUUUGAAAGAGGUGUGUUGUACCAGCAAAGAUCUUGAGUUGAUCCAGAAAGUGCACGAAGAUCAUCAGAGCACACUCGGUAACUGUGGAGCAUGCUACAAUAACAUCAAGCGGUACAUGUGUCACGUAGCUUGUAGUCCAGAUCAGUCAACUUUCACUACCAUUGCCAUGGAUACGAAUACAAAUAAAAAACAGAUUAACCAUUUCUUGAAUGACAAGUCUACGCUCGCUGAUUCAUGCGCUUUUCACAACGAGCCGAAAGAACCCAUUAAUGAUUCUCGGUUCUAUUCUGAAAUCCUGGGAUUUCUGAUAUCCGAGCUGUACUCCGGCUUCUCAUACUCCGUGAACGACAAGAACUUUAGGACAGACGGAAUCAAAGCAACGAAGCCAAAGAACUUGAGGAAUUGUUAUGAUGAUGGGGAGGAAAAGUGCGAUUGCGGUCACUGCGAAGAAACGUGCACUAACGAUAACUACCAACACUCUGAAAACCUUUGUCUUUUCUACGAUACUUGCGAAGGUGACUUCCCGUGUGUUAACAGCACAGCGCCCCGCCCAGUUUCCCCAUCAGACGAGAAGUUCUACAACGACCUCCUCUCCACUUGCCCCCACUAG